AUGGAACUUCGGGAGGAGUGGCAAGAUGAGGAGUUUCCAAGACCUCUUCCUGAAGAUGUACAGAGCCCAGAAGAUGAGCUGGAAAGUCCUGGAGCAGAUGAAAACAGACCUGUUCCGCCCAAGACGCUGGCGCUGACUGGGGAUGCCCCUAGGAAAAAACGUCUGGUGGCGCCCACUCUCAGCCUGACGCUGGACAAAUGCGACUCCCUGGACCGUAGUGUCAAAUCGGACGAGUUUAAUGCAGCCGCCCUCUCGCCUUCCAUCGACGAAACGGAUUUGGACAUCAACCUGGAAGCACUGGAGACGCCUUCAGACAGUGAAUCCUGCAACUUUCCAGACAGCAUGCAUGACCUUGAGUGGGAGGAUGAUCUACCUAGGAUGGGGUCUGGAGAGAUGGAUCGGGCCAGUUCUCCUGCUAUAGAGUACGCAGAGAUGGGUCACCUAGAGUUAGAUCAGGUAGACAGCAAUGGUCGCCGCUGGCGACGGUUCUGUAUCGCCGGUCAGGAUUACCACGUCAACAUGAGCGUGCUGGAGCCUUACCUCCAAGUGCUCUCACACGGAGGUUAUUACAGAGACGGAACAACUGCAAUCAUCUUGUUUGCUGCCUGUUACCUGCCGCAGAACACACUUGAAAACUAUGAGUACGUUAUGGACAAUCUCUUCAGAUAUAUAGUUGGUACACUGGACUUGAUGGUGUCUGACAAUUAUGUUCUGGUGUAUCUGUGUGGAAUGGCUCCGAGAAACAAGAUACCACCGAUCAAAUGGAUGAAACAAUGCUACCAGUCCAUCGAUAGGAGGUUGAAGAAGGAACUUAAAGGACUGUUUGUGGUUCACCCUGCCUGGUACGUCAAAGCCCUGCUCACACUCAUCAAGCCCUUCAUCAGUGAGAAGUUUAGCCGGAAGCUGCGAUUUAUCCAGAGGCUUAGGCAGUUGUCUGAGUUCAUUCCCACAGACCGUCUACAGAUCCCAGACUGCAUUAUAGAGUUCGAUAAGACACUGAACAACUGA